CUUGAUGAUACUUUGGAUCAUGUCACGAAAGACUCUUAUCGUUUGAACUUUCGACCUUUCGUGAGCCAGGGAGAGCCCAGGGUUGUACGCGUCGAACGGUUCGCGAAAACGCUAGUUUUGUCGUGUUGUAAUUUCCGACAAUGUUGUUUCACAUUGCUGCCGCGGCGGUGCUCACGAAUAUCGCGAUUCUGGAGAUCUAUUCGUUCUAUGACAUACCGGGAACCAUGGACAAUCAUUUGUUAUUGCACAAGAACCCGUUGUAUCGCGUGUUCGUUUACGGAACACUGAAACGAGGGGAGCCGAAUCACAGUCUGAUCCAAGACACUGCGAACGGGUACGCGAAAUUCCUGGGACUUGGGAAAACCACGGUUCAAUACCCAUUAGUUAUCGCAACGAGAUAUAACAUACCGUUUUUGUUGAAGAAACCUGGAGUUGGUCACCAUGUUCUGGGUGAAAUAUACGAUGUUGACACUAAAAUGCUAAAGAAACUAGACGAAUUGGAAGAGCACCCAGCGUUUUACCAAAGAUCGGAGGCAGACGUUCUGAUGGCUCCAGAGGCUAAGAUUAAAACAAACGAUAACUUCGAAGAGGUUGGUACCUUGAUGAAAGUCUGGAUAUAUUUUCUACCAAAGUUCAAGGCAUCCUUGUUGGAGGGCCCCAUGUAUACCUCCUAUAGUAACGAAGGAAGCCACGGAUUAAAGUAUUGCGAGAAUGAGGAGAGUACAAUAAGGCCCGAAGAUCUGUUUUGAUGAAGCGUAUUUGCAAAAUGUUCAUUGCCACUUCAUUGCGCACGAACGCUUGAACGUUCACACUGUUAUUCGUGGUAGUCAAUAAAAGAUCAUCCAUCACAUUAAAUUACUGGAGUUUAACUCCUUGCGCUUCGAUGCAUCUAUACAACGAAUACCGUCUUUUAUCGGAAAUUCUGUAUAGACGUUGAGAAUGUGAAGGGUUCAGUUAUCUCUAUAGCUGUGGAAACAAUUUGUAGUUGAUAUUAUGACUUCCAGUUAUGAACUAGAUCCUUAAUGGAGGCUCCUUUUACGUCAUGCUUCGACGUGGACGGAAGAUAGCUACUCAGUGGCAUUUAACAACUAAUUUUUACAUUUUUAAUACCAGCAAAAUGUUGAAAUGUAAAGUAUUUAUCAACUGUAAGAUCCUGUACCGUAAAACCUUAAAAUAUCUUAUCCAGUAACAUUUCAAA